AUGAGAGUUUUAUCACUGUGGCUUUGGACACUCUGUCCUUCAAUACUGUCUGCUUAUGUGGCUCCUGAUGAGAAGGAGGACGUCUUUGCUCAGAGGGUUUGUCCUGCUUUUCUUGUCUUCAACAGCGCAGCCUACUUGGCCGAUACGACCAUAGAGUUACCCUGUCACUGCAAACCUGAGAAGGUGCUCUCUGUUGUCUGGUACUACCAGAAACAUCUGGGCUCCCAUGAUACCAAGGUUCUCACUGACUUUGCAGGAAAGUCUGUGGUUGACUCAUCCAAGGUUAGCAGGGGCUCGGAGCUGCAUAGCCGAUUUUCGAUUCGGCUUUUCAGCCUACUCAUCCUCAGAGUUCAGAGGGCAGACUCUGGUCACUACCUUUGUGGCUCCGCCUCUGGAGAAUUCUUCUAUGGCUAUGAUGUAGACGUCCAGGAGGUUCAUCAUGUGUUCUUUAUGUCACCUGCCCAGAGAGUCCCCACACAGGCCACACAUACCAGACAGCCCAGGCUCUUUCAGGUGUUUACCAGUUACCAGCCCUGGUCCACAUGUGAUCGCUGUGGUGCACAGGGGGAGCAGAUGCGGGCAGGACUCUGCUAUGUCUUGAGCGACUACCUGAGAGUGCGCUAUGGCCACAUGGCACGCAGGGUCGCCUCUUGUGGCUCUUUUGCUGUGCCGCAGCAUUUGGGCCUGAGCAGCAGUGGUCAUGGGGCCCUCUUAGAAGUGCGAAACUGUCACUCCCUCUGCUCCUCAAAGCCAAAGAUUCUUCAGAGGAAGCUAACCCUGCUGGAAUUCAUGGGUUAUGGAGAGCCAGCAUCUCCAGAGGUUCCUGUCUACUACUACAACCACCCCCUUGGCUCCCCACUCAUUCUGUCCUGUCCCGGGGCAAAAACGCAACACGCAGUGGCUUGGGAUAAGGGUUCGACCCCGUUGUAUCGUUCUCAGUAUAUGGAAGGCCUCAACAAGAGCUCACGGAUGUUCAUUGACACAGGCCACCACCUGCACUUCAGCCCUGCACUGCUGGAAGACAGGGGGCCUUAUUUCUGCUGGCUCCAGGGGCAGCGGGUCGCAGAGAUCAGGCUGGGAGUGUAUCUACACCUGGGACAUCUCCAGAGGACUUCAGUCCAGGACUCUCUCUACGCUCUGAAGACUAUCCUCAUAUGCUACCUGGGACUGUCAGCUGUCUUUCUUCUUGUUUUAUUUGUGAGGUUUUCCUGGAGGAAAAUCAAGGAUAAGACCUCAUACUUAACAUAA